ACUCUCUCUCUCUCUGCACGUACUCGCAGACUCUCUUUCUCUCUCUAAUUCUCAAUCUCAAUCUAUCUGCAAAUUCUGCAUUAGUCCUCACAAAUUCAGUCAGAUUGAAUUGAUUAUCAAUUGAAUUCAAUUCAAUCUGAUGAUGGCUUCCCCUAAUCAACCUCAACCUCCUCCCUUCGAUAUGCACACUUUCUUCAAUCCCCCAAACCCAAACCCUAACCCUAACCCUUCUUCCCCAUUCCCUCCGUCAUCCUCUUCCUCCUCUUCAUACCCUCCUCCAUCCACCGGUCCCUUCUCCACCGCCCCUUUCCACCACAACAUCCCCUACGACCACCUCCAAAUCCACCACCACCACCGCUCCCUCUCUUUCCCCACUCCACCUCUCCAACCUCAACCCAUCCCUCCUCCUUCCAACCCCAACGCCGGCGCUCGCCUAAUGGCCCUCCUCAGCGCCCCGCCCAACCCGUCGCAGCCGCCGCCACCACAGCAACCAGCAUCCACACCUUUCUCCUCAGAUUAUGUUGCCGCCAAUUUCCCCGUUGUUCUGCCGACGAUGGGCGUGUUGACUGCCGCCAAUGCCGCUGCGGCGGCCGCGCUGAUUCGGGCGCCGAGCAGUAAGGUCCCCAGAGGAAGGCAUUUGAUCGGGGAGCAUGUUGUGUAUGAUGUGGAUGUUAGGUUGCCUGGUGAGGUGCAGCCUCAGCUCGAGGUUGCUCCCAUCACCAAAUAUGGGUCGGAUCCUAACCCGGUUUUGGGUCGCCAAAUUGCUGUGAAUAAGUCGUAUAUAUGCUAUGGUUUGAAACAGGGGAACAUUAGGGUGCUCAACAUUCACACUGCGGUCAGAUCUUUGCUGAGAGGCCACAAUCAGAGGGUCACGGACUUGGCUUUUUUUGCUGAAGAUGUUCAUCUCUUGGCUAGUGUUGGUGCAGAUGGCCGUGUUUAUGUGUGGAAGAUCUCUGAAGGUCCAGAUGAUGAAGAUAAGCCUCAAAUUACUGCCAAUAUUGUUAUUGCUAUUCAAAUAGUGGGAGAGGAGAAAGUUGAACAUCCUCAAAUUUGCUGGCACUGCCACAAACAAGAGAUUUUGAUAGUUGGUAUGGGAAAAUAUGUGCUGAGAAUUGACACCACAAAAGUUGGAAAUGGUGAAGCCUUUGUGACGGAGGAUCCUCUGAGAUGUCCUGUUGACAAGCUCAUUGAUGGGGUUCAACUUGUAGGCACACAUGAUGGGGAGGUGACUGAUUUGUCAAUGUGCCAAUGGAUGACAAAUCGAUUGGUAUCUGCCUCACAAGAUGGCACGAUAAAGAUCUGGGAAGAUCGCAAGACACAGCCGCUUGUGAUUUUGAGACCACAUGAUGGGCAGCCUGUUUUUUCUGCUACAUUUUUUACUGCUCCACACCAGCCUGGUCAUAUUGUCCUUAUAACAGCGGGACCACAAAAUCGGGAAGUGAAGCUUUGGGUCUCAGCAAGUGAAGAAGGUUGGCUGCUCCCAAGCGAUGCUGAAUCAUGGAAAUGCACUCACACAUUGGAGCUGAAGAGUUCAGCUCAACCGUCUCAUAAGGAUGCAUUUUUUAAUCAAGUUGCAGCAUUGUCUCAUGCAGGUCUGCUUCUACUUGCAAAUGCCCAGAGGAAUGCUAUAUAUGCUGUGCACUUAGAAUAUGGUCCUAAUCCAGAAUCGACCCGGAUGGAUUAUAUAUCUGAGUUUACUGUGACAAUGCCCAUUUUGAGUUUUACUGGGACAAGUGAUAUAUUACCUCAUGGUGAACAUAUUGUUCAGGUUUAUUGUGUUCAGACACAGGCUAUUCAGCAGUAUGCAUUGGAUUUAGCUCAGUGCUUGCCUCCACCACUGGAAAAUGUGGGAGUAGAGAAGUCAGAUUCCAGUGUUUCGCGAGAUGCAGUUACUGCUGAAGGAUUCACCUCUUUAGAUUCAUCUGCAGGUCGAACAUCUGAAAUGUCUUUAGCUAGUUCUGCUCCCAAAACAAUGAUACAAGCAAGUAGCACUGAGAGUGGACUUGUGGCAAGAUACCCUUUAAGCUCUGGCCAUAUCGAGGCACCUAUUUCUAAAGAAAUCAGCAGCUCAAAUAUUGAAGCUAAACCAGUUACAUUGGCUCCUUCUAGUAGUGAUGCUGAUAUUGUUUGUGUUCCAUCUCCGCCUCUUCCUUUGAGCCCAAGGUUGUCUAGGAAACUUUCUGAUUUUAGGAGUCCACAGUCUAACUUGAGUGAUCAUGUUGGGGACCAACCUGUUAAUGAUUAUUCAGUUGACCGACAAAUGGAUACCAUUCAUCGGAACUUGUCUGAUGUACCACCACUGAAUAAUGAUUUGAAGAAUGAUGAUAAGAAAGUCAAACAGGAUGACAUUCCUGGUGUACUUAAUCCUUCUGUCAUGUUUAAGCAACCAACUCAUCUGGUUACACCGUCUGAGAUCAUAAAAGCUGGUUCCUCCUCUGAGACUAAUAUAAUUGAUAGAAAGAGUGAAGGAGAAGCAAAGAUCCAGGAUGUGGUUGAUGUGGGUAAUGCUGAAGUGGAAGUGAAAGUUGUGGGUGAGGCAAGAUCUAAUCCAAGCGAUGAGUUUGGCCGGCAAGGGCCACAACAAAACCUAGUCUCUGAUAGUAAAGAAAAAUACUUUUGCUCUCAGGCUUCGGAUCUUGGUAUUGACAUGGCUCGAGAAUGCUCUGCGAUAUCUAGGGAAACUUACAUUACAGAGGAGCCUGGUCAAGUUGAUUCUAUUGUGGGCGACUCACUGGCCCAACAUCCUAAUGCCAGCGAGGAUGGACUCCAAGACUUGGCAAAAGAUGUCCAUGAAAAGGUGUCUGACUCAUCUACAUCAAUGACGAUACCACCAUCCCCUACGCCUAAUACUAAAGGGAAGAGACAGAAGGGCAAAAGUUCUCAAGCAUCAGGUCCAUCUUCCCCAUCUCCAAGUGCAUGCAAUUCAACUGAUUUGUCUUAUGAACCAAAUGGAAGUUUGAGCCUCCCUUCUACAGAAAAUGCUUUUCCUCAAAUUCUAGGAAUGCAAGAAUCGCUCAACCAGUUAUUGACAAUGCAAAAAGAGAUGCAGAAGCAAAUGACCAUGAUGGUUACAGUUCCAGUUACAAAAGAAGGUAGAAGGCUCGAGGCUUCCCUAGGGAGGAGCAUGGAAAAAGCUGUCAAGGCUAACACUGAUGCCUUGUGGGCUCGAAUUCAAGAGGAGAAUGCGAAAAAUGAAAAAUUGUUAAGAGACCGCAUCCAGCAAGUUACAGGUUUGAUUAGUAACUUUGUGAAUAAGGAUCUACCAGCAAUAUUGGAAAAAACAGUGAAGAAGGAAAUGGCUUCAGUUGGGCAAGCUGUAGUUCGUGCAAUGUCACCUGCUGUGGAAAAAAUAAUAUCUUCUUCUAUUGCAGAGUCCUUCCAGAGAGGUGUGGGUGAUAAGGCAGUGAAUCAACUUGAUAAAUCAGUUAAUUCAAAACUUGAAGCUACCGUAGCUAGACAAAUCCAAGCACAGUUUCAGACAACUGGCAAACAGGUGCUUCAGGAUGGACUCAAAUCCAGUUUUGAAACAUCAGUGGUUCCUGCAUUCGAGAUGUCAUGCAAAGCCAUGUUUGAGCAAGUAGAUGCUACAUUUCAAAAAGGCAUGGUUGAACAUUCAACUGCAGUGCAGCAACGCCUUGAAUCUGGGCCCACUUCUUUGGCAAUGACUUUAAGGGAUUCCAUUAAUUCAGCAUCGUCAGUUACUCAAACCUUGAGUAGAGAAGUUCUCGAGGGCCAGAGAAAGCUAGUGGCACUUGCAGCUGCAAGAACAACCUCGGGCACAUUAAAUCCUUUGCCCGUCCAGCUGAACAAUGGUCCUUUACUUCAUGAGAAGGUUGAAGUGCCACUGGAUCCCACUCAGGAGCUAUCAAGGCUGAUUUCUGAACGGAAAUAUGAGGAGGCUUUCACUGGAGCUUUACAAAGAAGUGAUGUGUCGAUUGUAUCUUGGUUAUGUUCUCAGGUUGAUUUGCAUGGACUUCUGUCAAUGGUUCCUCUUCCUUUAAGCCAAGGAGUAGUGCUUUCACUUCUGCAGCAGUUGGCUUGUGAUAUUAACAACGAGACACCCCGAAAGAUUGCGUGGAUGACAGAUGUAGCUGCUGCCAUUAAUCCCUCAGACCCCAUGAUUACAAUGCACGUGCGACCCAUCUUUGAGCAAGUCUAUCAGAUACUGAAUCAUCAACGUAGUUUGCCUACAAUGACUGGAGCUGAUCUCUCCAGUAUCCGUCUUUUGUUGCAUGUCAUCAACUCUAUGCUUAUGACAUGUAAAUGAUUUUUCUCAUUUCCAGAAAUGUGCAAAUUCACUAGCAUUCAUGGUCGAUAUGGUAGUUGUUGGAGGACAAUGCCAGAAUGGUCCAGGUUCAAAUGCUGGUAGAGUUCAAAAAAAAAAAAGAAAUGUGCAAAUUCGCCUUUUGAACUUCUAAUGAUUGGAAUUUUGUACAAAGCUCAGUGAGUUUCUUUGUAGUCAUUUUUCUAUGAACGAAGGAAGUAGAUAAGUAGUUUAUCUAUCAAAUUAUUCUGCAGUAACGAAAUUGAUUUUG